UCAAUCGGACUCAUAAAGCAGAGGAAAGAAGAAAACUGAGAACAGAAAGGAGAGAGAGAGAGAGAGAGAGAGUCAUGGCGAUGAGAAGGAUGAGGCUAACUACGCAUCUAUUCUCCAUUUUCGGCAAGACCCAGGUGAUGAAACCGGCUCGGGUUCCUCGCGGGUCGACCCUGAUCGGGUCAGUGACCAGCCGUUUGUUCUCCUCCGCUUCGUCGUCGGCCGCUGCUGUGAUGGAGGAUGAACCAGAGAUGUACGGGCUUGGACGCGGACUUAAGGACUACGAAGAUUACCGGAGAUCUCUCUACGGUGAAAUCACUCACAAGGCGUUGCUCGUCGACGCCGUUGGCACUCUCCUCGUUCCCGCCCAAUCCACGGCCCAGAUAUACAGGACGAUUGGAGAGAAAUAUGGAGUUCAGUACUCGGAAGACGAGAUACUUAGAAGAUACAGAAGGGCUUACGAGAAACCAUGGGGUGGAUCUCGUCUCAGGUACGUGGACGACGCAAGACCCUUUUGGCAGUAUAUCGUGAGAGCUUCGACCGGCUGCUCGGAUUCACAGUACUUUGAAGAGCUUUACAACUACUACACUACAGAACAUGCAUGGCAGCUGUGUGAUCCGAAAGCAGAGACGGUGUUCAAGGCACUGAGAGAGACGGGCGUGAAGGUGGCUAUCGUCUCCAACUUUGACACCCGGUUAAGGCCUCUGUUACGGGCCCUGAGAUGCGAAGACUGGUUCGAUGCUGUCACUGUUUCAGCAGAAGUUGAAGCAGAGAAACCAAACCCGACAAUCUUCUUGAAAGCAUGCGAGCUGUUGGGAGUGAAUCCGGAGGAUGCGGUUCAUGUGGGAGAUGAUCGCCGGAAUGAUAUAUGGGGAGCGAGAGAUGCCGGAUGCGAUGCAUGGCUGUGGGGAAGUGAUGUUGCUUCCUUCAAGGAGGUGGCUCAACGGAUUGGAUUGAAGAUUUGAGAAGUCUGCCGAGACCAACAAACAGGAAGAAGAAGAGAGAUGCUUGUUUUCGGAAAUGUGUAUAGGUUUGUGUUAGCUUUUUAUCUGAGUUCUGUCUCUUGACGACCGUACGAAGAACAUAAAAAGAUUGUAAAUGUAAUAAUAAAAAGAAGCUUCGAACGAAGACUUGAAGAUUCAGAGUGUA